GGGGUCGGCUGCUAUAAAAGUAUCCGGCUCGACUCAUGUCCGUGCAAAGUGCAAAGUUGCCGGUGAGUAAGACAUGGCCGCUUCCCUAUCGCUCUAUUGCGCGCACUCCCAUAGAUCCGCCUUACACCGGGCGCCCGGCGAAAAGGAUUUUUGAGAUGAUGUGAAACCGCGAGUCUUAUGGGGAGAAACUCAGGAAAGUGCGAGCGGCACCCGAGAGAAAAUCGGCUGAAACAUGAGAGUUAAUGGCAGUGCCCUGAACGGCACCUUGAGUUUUCCCGAGGAACUGACGCUGCACCGACCUCCCUGGGUUCCCACCGCCUUGGCUGCCAUCCUCAUCUUCACCAUCGUCGUGGAUAUUCUGGGCAAUCUCCUGGUCAUCCUCUCCGUCUUCAGGAACAGAAAGCUGAGGAACGCAGGAAAUAUAUUUGUUGUUAGUCUGGCUGUUGCAGAUUUGGUGGUUGCCAUCUACCCAUAUCCCUUGGUGCUGACAUCAAUAUUUCACAAAGGAUGGAAUUUGGGAUACGUUCACUGCCAGAUUAGUGGAUUUUUAAUGGGAAUAAGUGUCAUUGGAUCCAUAUUCAACAUUGCCGGCGUUGCAGUGAAUCGUUAUUGUUAUAUUUGUCACAGUCUCACAUAUGACAAGUUGUACAGUGACAAAAAUUCUUUGUUUUAUGUCAUUCUGAUUUGGGUGCUAACCUUCAUUGCCAUUGUGCCAAAUUUAUUUGUUGGAUCAUUACAAUACGAUGCCAGAAUCUACUCGUGUACAUUCACACAAUCUGUUAGCUCAGCAUAUACCAUAGCAGUUGUGUUUUUCCACUUUAUUCUCCCAAUAACCGUAGUAACUUUCUGUUAUUUACGUAUAUGGAUCUUGGUUAUUCAGGUAAGGCGAAGGGUGAAGCCAGAUAACAAACCUAAGCUGAAACCCCACGAUAUCAGGAACUUUGUUACAAUGUUUGUCGUUUUUGUACUGUUUGCAGUCUGCUGGGCACCACUGAACUUCAUUGGUCUUGCUGUUGCUGUGAACCCAGAUACAAUUUUACCCAGAAUUCCAGAAUGGUUGUUUGUUGGCAGCUACUACAUGGCAUAUUUUAACAGUUGCCUUAAUGCUAUAAUUUAUGGUCUCUUAAACCAAAAUUUUAGGCGAGAGUACAAAAGAAUUGUUAUUUCUAUUUGUACAGCAAAAAUUUUCUUUCAAGAAAGUUCUAAUGAUGGGAUAGAAAAAAUGAAAAGCAAACCAUCUCCAAUGCUAACAAAUAAUAAUCAAGUCAAAGUUGACUCAGUUUAGGGAAAAAUGGAAUUCUUACUAAUUACAUGUGACUUCCAUUAUUGUACAAUGCGGUGUAAAGGCACAUGCAAGAAUGGCUGUGCUGUAUCAGUACAUAUCCUUCAUGGAGGAGCAUUAUUUGUAGAACAUGUCUGAAUUUUAUACUGCAUCAAAAAAUUCAAUAAGGCCAUCAAUAUAUUUAUACAAUAUAUAUCACAUUGUCCCGUUUGCUAGAUUGAAACCAGUAGAAUGUACUGGGGAUGCUGGUCUUAAAUGAAAUGAAGCCAUGAGUAUUCAAAGCAACACAACUAGCCAAAGUAUUAUAGACUUAAUAAAUCAAUUACUAUAUUUAAUACAAUAGAAUUUUUUGAAGAGAAUAUUAUUUUUAGCCAGAAUUGUAUCAUGUUUUUUGAUUUAUAAGAAGCACACAACAUAUCAUUCAGGCUCCAAAUGACGUUAUUGAUUUCAGAUGAUUGUUACAAAUAUCAUGGUUAUGUAGGCAUUUCUUUUUGCACAGAGGCCUAACCACCACUUAUAAACUUUCCAAGACUUUGCACUUUAUCUGCUUGGGUAAAUGAACUACUUGAAGUCUGGCGUAAGAUUUGGCACCUCUGAUCUACAUAUCUAAAGCUACUUUCAGUACGUUGUUGGUGCCUAUGAAGAUAUCCAAACAUCUCAGAACUGUUUUAAUAAGCUAGAAUGCAUGCCAAUACAUUGCCAAGGAACACGAUAAUACUCUUUGUUUACAUUUUACACUCAAAAACUCUGUGUACAUAGCUUUUUAUCUUUUCUUAUUAAAAGAGUACUGAUGCCAAAAUACAGGUUGCAAUUUCAUUUAAGAGCAAGUUGUCAUAAACACACAUAUAAAUACAGCAUCUAUCUAUUAUCUAUCUAUCUAUCUAUCUAUCUAUCUAUCUA